CACUGUCCACUCUCUGGCUUGGAGGCCUCAGGCAGAUUCCACCUGUUCCUGCCUGUAAGGCUUGCCAGCCCCUGAGCCUAGCUGCGUCAGCUCUCUGCCUGCCCCGGCCCCUUUUUGGCCUCUGCCAAGCCCACCAAGGUCCACCAUGUCUCGGCCCCUGUCAGACCAUGACAAGCGCAAACAGAUCAGCGUGAGAGGCCUCGCUGGUGUGGAGAACGUAUCUGACCUGAAGAAGAACUUCAACCGGCACCUGCACUUCACCCUGGUCAAGGACCGCAAUGUGGCCACCCCCCGAGACUACUACUUCGCCUUGGCGCACACGGUGCGGGACCACCUGGUGGGCCGCUGGAUCCGCACCCAGCAACAUUACUAUGAGAAGGACCCCAAGCGGAUCUACUAUCUCUCCUUGGAGUUCUACAUGGGCCGAACCCUGCAGAACACAAUGGUGAACCUGGGCCUGGAGAAUGCUUGCGACGAGGCCACGUACCAGCUGGGCUUGGACAUGGAAGAACUGGAGGAGAUUGAAGAAGAUGCAGGCCUGGGGAAUGGAGGCCUGGGGCGUCUGGCUGCUUGCUUCCUAGACUCCAUGGCCACCCUGGGCCUGGCUGCCUAUGGCUAUGGCAUUCGGUACGAGUUUGGAAUUUUCAACCAGAAGAUCAGUGGGGGCUGGCAGAUGGAGGAGGCAGACGACUGGCUGCGUUACGGCAACCCUUGGGAGAAAGCCCGGCCCGAGUUCACGCUGCCCGUCCACUUCUAUGGUCGUGUGGAGCACACCAACCAGGGGGCCAAGUGGGUGGACACCCAGGUGGUGCUGGCCAUGCCCUAUGACACCCCCGUGCCUGGCUAUCGCAACAACACUGUGAACACCAUGCGCUUGUGGUCUGCCAAAGCCCCUAACGACUUCAACCUCAAAGACUUCAAUGUUGGGGGGUACAUCCAGGCUGUGUUGGACAGGAAUCUGGCAGAGAACAUCUCCCGGGUCCUGUACCCCAAUGACAACUUCUUCGAAGGCAAGGAGCUGCGGCUAAAGCAGGAAUACUUUGUGGUGGCGGCCACGCUUCAGGACAUCAUCCGCCGCUUCAAAUCCUCCAAGUUUGGCUCCCGGGACCCCGUGCGCACCAGCUUUGACGCGUUCCCAGACAAGGUGGCCAUCCAGCUCAAUGACACCCACCCGUCCUUGGCCAUCCCUGAGCUGAUGCGUAUUCUGGUCGACCUGGAGAAACUGGACUGGGACAAGGCCUGGGAUGUGACCGUGAGGACCUGCGCCUAUACCAACCACACUGUGCUGCCCGAGGCCCUGGAGCGCUGGCCCGUCCACCUCAUGGAGACCCUGCUGCCCCGGCACCUGCAGAUCAUCUAUGAGAUCAACCAGAGGUUUCUCAAUCGGGUGGCAGCAGCAUAUCCGGGGGACAUGGACAGACUGAGGCGCAUGUCACUUGUGGAGGAGGGUGGUGUAAAGAGGAUCAACAUGGCCCAUCUGUGCAUUGCCGGCUCCCACGCUGUCAACGGGGUAGCCCGGAUCCACUCCGAGAUCCUCAAGAAAACCAUCUUUAAGGAUUUCUAUGAAUUGGAACCCCACAAGUUCCAGAACAAAACCAAUGGGAUCACACCGAGGCGUUGGCUGGUGCUUUGUAACCCAGGCCUGGCGGAGGUCAUUGCAGAGAGGAUUGGGGAGGACUACAUCUCCGACCUGGACCAGCUCCGAAAGCUGCUGUCCUUUGUGGACGACGAGGCCUUCAUCCGAGACGUGGCCAAGGUCAAGCAGGAGAACAAGCUGAAGUUUGCUGCCUAUCUGGAGCGAGAGUACCGUGUACACAUCAACCCCAACUCGCUGUUUGACGUCCAGGUGAAACGGAUCCACGAAUACAAGCGGCAGCUUCUCAACUGUCUUCACAUCAUCACCCUGUACAACCGUAUUAAGAAGGAGCCCAACAAAUACUUCGUCCCCCGGACAGUGAUGAUUGGGGGGAAGGCAGCCCCUGGCUAUCACAUGGCUAAAAUGAUCAUUAAACUCAUCACGUCCAUUGGUGAUGUGGUCAACAAUGACCCCGUGGUUGGGGACCGCCUCAAAGUCAUCUUCCUGGAGAAUUACCGGGUUUCCUUGGCUGAGAAAGUGAUCCCCGCAUCAGACCUUUCUGAGCAGAUCUCCACGGCGGGCACCGAGGCAUCGGGCACGGGCAACAUGAAGUUCAUGCUUAAUGGGGCACUGACCAUUGGCACUAUGGAUGGAGCUAAUGUGGAGAUGGCUGAGGAGGCCGGCGAGGAGAACUUCUUCAUUUUUGGAAUGAGGGUUGAGGAUGUGGACCGGCUCGACCAGAGAGGGUACAACGCCCAGGAAUACUAUGACCGUAUCCCCGAGCUCCGGCAGAUCAUCGAGCAGCUUAGCGGUGGCUUCUUCUCUCCCAAACAGCCUGACCUGUUCAAGGAUAUUGUCAACAUGCUCAUGCACCAUGACCGUUUUAAGGUCUUUGCUGACUACGAAGCCUAUAUCCAGUGCCAGGAGAAAGUCAGCGACUUGUACAAGAACCCUCGGGAAUGGACUCGAAUGGUGAUCAAGAACAUUGCCACAUCGGGGAAGUUCUCCAGCGACCGAACGAUUGCACAGUACGCCAGGGAAAUCUGGGGGGUGGAGCCCACCCGUCAGCGCCUGGCUGCCCCCGAUGAAGUGAUCUGAGCAGUGGGCCCCGGGACCCACGCUCACCAAGAUUCCUGGCUCUGCCUCCCGACUCUCCGCACCCUGAUCUGGUGGCAUCUUUCUGGGCCCCCAAGUCCCCACUUCACUUGAUUGCUCCCCAAGGUUCUCCUCCCUAGCGCCCUCCCCGCUGUUAUUUAUGGUGUGUGUGUUGGGGGCGGGGGGCUGUGCCUGGGCCCUCCAGCCCUAGGGAGGUUCUCGGCCCACAGCUCUUCCCCACCUUCUUGGGCAAAACCUUAACCCAUUAAAAGUGUCACCAAACCGCGA